AUGGGUAAAAUUCCAACAAAUAAAAAGGUAUAUAGAGUAGAUCCAACAUCAUUGGGAGGAGCAACCAACAACAACAAUCAACAACAACAACAAGAUUCAUCAUUGGUUGAUGCCAUUAGAAACGAUGAUAUUGCUCAAGCUCUCUACAAUUGUUCAACUGCUAAUCCACAACAAGUAUUCGAGUUGAUGGAUGACCCAAGUUCAAAUGAAAGAGAUGUUGCAUUCCGUACACUCUGUGAACUUAUCCUCGAAAACCCUCAAUUCUUGAAAUCAAUCACCGCACAGAACCUUACAAAGGUUAUUCAACAUUUUGUAGAUUCUGAUGUUCAAGUUAGAGUAUCUGCUAUUGGUGCACUUAGAAACUUAACAAUCAUUGAACCAAAAUCAAUUGAAACAUUAUUACAACUUGAUAUUCUUACACCAACACUAUCAAAUAUUACCAUUUCAAUUGAUACCAUUUCAAAAUCAAUUGAACUUAGGGCUAAUAAUAACAUUAUUGGUGCUCAACAUAUUCUUUUACAAUCUAUUUCACUUUUAACAAAUAUUUGUGAAGAAUCAGAUAAAGCAUUUGAAUUUGUAUCAAAAUCAUUGUUGGCACAAUUCCCAUUAUUAUUCAAGGUGUUGGGUAGAGAUGGUGGUUUGAUUGAAAACCUUUCAUAUCAUGUUGCUGAAUUCUUGGCAGUGAUUACUGAAAACAAUCCACCAUUGGCAUUGUCGAUUGGUCAAGAUGUGUUGAUUGGAUUGUAUCAAAGUGUAUCACAAUCGACCACCAUGUCAAUCCGUAUCAAAUCAUUGGCAUCUUCAUCGUUGUUAAAUAUUGGUGCUCACUAUCAAUCGCGUGACAAGGUUAUUGAAACAUUGACUCCCAUCCUUUUGACCUCCUUUUCAACCAACCCUGUUCAAGGUCUCAUUGAAAUCAGUCAAAUCGUUGACAACAUGGUGAAACUAAAGGAAAUGGCAGACAUUAAAAAAGAAGAUAAAGAUGAAAUCAUCAUGAAGAUGAAACCAAUUGAAGAUCAAGAACAAGAACAAAUCGAUGAACGAGAUGAUGACGAUGACGAUGAUGAAGAUGAAGAUGAAGAAAUGGGUGGUGGAGAAAAGAAUGGUAAUAACAACAACAAAUUGACUGGUAAAAAUAACAUAUUAAAGGAGAUUCAAGUAUUGGAAAAACAACUUGAAACGGUUGAAGAACAAUGGAAAGAUGUUGUAGCAGCCAUUCAAUCGACCGUUGAAUUAUUUACAAAUAUUGUUUCACAAGAUGGUGAAGAAUCAAAUAAUGAUGAAAUGGAUAAUACCUAUGAUGAUGAUGAUAAGUUUUUAGAUGUUGAGGAUGGUAAUACUACCAUGGUUGAAGAAUCUGAAUCAUCAUUAAUUAAAUAUUUGGCUUCUACUACUUUAUUACAAAAUUUGAUCGAAAUUAUUAAAGUGAUUGAUGAAUUUGAUGGAAAUGAAUAUGCAAAGAAAUAUAGUGAAUUGGUAUCAUUGGUUGUUGCACUCAAGAAUUGUCAUAAAAGAUCACUUACCUGUCUUUCUAAUCUUUUAAUCUCUUAUAAACCAGCAAUGGUACAACCACACCAAGAAACCAUUUGGAAUCUAUUAAUCAAGAUUGCCUCCCAUUCAAUCAAGAAUGGUCAACUUUCACAAGCCAAGGUCGAUUUGGAUCAAUUUGAAACUGCUACCGCAUCUCUUUGGUCAUUAUUAAGAAUUAAUAAUCAAAUUGGUUUUAAUAAUAUUGAAGAAAUUAAGAAUUUAUUCCUUUUAACUCUGAGUGCACCAGUUUCAAUCAAGACCAAUUUAAUUGGAAUGGUUGGUAUUUUAGGUCAAAGACCAAUUUGUCAACCAAUGUUGUCUGAUAUUGGACAAUUAUUGAUUCAAUGUCUCAAAGAUAGCAACGCACAAGUAGUUGGUGAAACGCUCAACUCUAUCUUUGACAUUUACGCCGAACCACCUGUCAAUGCCAUCUUUAAGCAAUUGGGUAUGCUCCAAGUACUCGAACAAUUUGUUCCAAUCCUCAGAAACAAAAUCAAAACCGAGAAAAAGACUCUUGAUCGUCACCUAUUAGAUCGUCUAGAUGAAUCAAGAAUCAAUCUAACAAGAUUUAUUAGUUAUAAAAAAGCUCAAAAAUAA